CUCGGCCGCUGCUAGCUAUCGAUCUGACGACCACCCUAGACUAGACGUCUCUCUCGCACUCUCGGAUACUCUAUAUCGCCUAGCCGCCAUAAUGCUCGACCUCACUCAAGCAUACACCGGCUGCCCGUCCUCCAGCCUGCAGUUCCUUCACCUGCCUCGCGAGACCUUGCUGCUAUAUCCGUUCGCGGACUCCGUCGUCGUGCUCAACGCGCGCACCCUAGCCUUCGUCCGCGCCCUGGCCUUCUGGGAGGUCUAUCCUUCUACCCGUCACCUCGCCCAGUCCGUGCAGUGUCUGGCCGUUGAGAAUGGCAUGAAACUGGUCGUCGCAUCUCUUGGCCACCGUGUAGUCGCAUGGUCCUUGUCAGGCACUCGAAAUGAUUAUUGGCGAGUACACUCUUCACUCCUCCUUCCUGAAGAUCAGCAGGUCACAGCCCUCAACUGCGUGUCUGGUCUGCUCGCGGUCGGGACGCGAUCCACUCUUUCAGUGUAUACCCUCAUCCUAGAGAAUGACCUCCCCACGUGGUCCAUGAAGUGGUCUUUCACUGUGCCUCCCCUGUCCCGCGUGCGGUUCUCGCCCUCUCUUAUGUACAUCGCCACCACUUCCCUGUACGACAAUGUGGUCCACAUAUACCUCACAACCACAGGCCGCAAAACUCAGGCCAUAGCACACCCGCGGCCAGUGACGGACCUUGUCUGGCGCAACUCUCCUUGUACCACUCAACAUGCACGUUAUAGGGAUGAUCCGGUAUUGUAUACCAUCACCACCGACGCAACGUUGCGGAUAUUCCUCCCCGUCCUAGAUGCACCCCAGUAUCUCCAGCUGCACUCCGCGCUUGAUACCUUUUCAUCUCUCCCAUUCUCUGUAGCCUCGCGGGAGACGAACUCCAGCAUCUUCCGCCUCGAUCGCGAGGUCAUGAACGCUGCCCUCAAAUCCGUUCUUGCGCAGCCACAAUCCGCAGAGGAAGACGGCCGUCGACGGCGUAUCCGCGAGAUCACCGAUGAAGGGUGGGACGUGUUCUUACGCGUUUUGGGCGACGGAUCGCUCGUCGUCCAAGCCAUCGCGAACAUCGACCGACGCCCGCCUACCCUCCUCAAACAAUUUACUCUUCUCCAAACCGCCCCUGGUGCUCUCCCCGGCCCCCCAGCCCACCUCUACAUUGUCCCCAACCCCGGCCGGGCGUCGCUGACGCUCGUCACCUCACCACCACUAAAGUCUUACGAACUCGCGAUCCUCCCCUUCUUCGACGCACGCGCAGACGGGUUGCGCAUGAUCGCGUCCGGAGCGGAACAUGCGGACGCAGACGCGCGGGAGGAUUCGCGCGCAGAAGUCGUCCGGUUCAUGCGCACGCCGAACGGGGAGGGCGUUGGUGCGCUGCGCUCGGACGGCUCUGGGGAGGCUUGGAACUUCGACUGGGCGCGGACGGGUAGGCUAGUGCGCACGGGGCGGUGGCCGGCGAGUUCGGGCGCGGAACGCGUGGAUCAUUUCGUCGUACUCGACGCAGGUAUUCUCCUGACCCUCCACACCUCCCCGCCCGCAACCCUCCAUGUGCCUUUGAUAACGUCCUUCUUCGCUCUCUCUCCGCCUACCCACUCGAGCCCUCAGCGCACGCUCAUCGGCGUCACCGCGUCAUAUACGAUCGUCAUCAUCUCCGCGACCAUCUCUGGAGCUACACCAUCCCUCUCCCUCCUGUCAGAGUCGUCACUACCCCUCCCCGCACCUCCAAAGAUGAUCCUUCCCGUCGACCCAAUGGCAUGGGUUGGACAAUUCGGCACGGGCACGCGAGGCGCUGCACAAGCGCACGACGUGCUCCUGAGCGUAUCAGAGGACGGGGAGCUAGCGUUCUGGGUGCCGGAGGGCGGACUUGGCGACCCCUGGAAAUGCACGGGCAUCGUACGUACAGGUUGCAAAGGGCUGAGCAUGGCGCGCUGCAGCUCCGCGAAGAAGUCCGUCCUCGUGGUCCCAACCCCCGACGGCGCCGAGCUAACAAUCUGGGAUUCGAAAGAGUCCGAGUUCGCACUCGGACUCGAGUAUCGCUCUUUGCUCAGCGAUGCGAUCACGGACCUCGACUGGGCCGCGACGCCCGACGGGCAGUCGCUCCUCGCCGUAGGCUUCGCCCAUCGUGUCGAGCUGCUCUGCCAGCAGCGCGCGACAUACUUUGACCAGACGCCCGGAUGGGGCGUUUGCUGGAAGGUCGACGUCGGCGCGAUGGUGCCACAUCCGAUCAGCGACUCCAUCUGGCUCGCGCGUGGCACGCUUCUGGUUGGGGCGGGCCACCAGCUGUUCAUGUACGGGCAGCGACGCGGUGUGGAGGUAGAGGCGGAUGCGCCGAAGCGCCAGGAGGAGAGCUUGUUCGAGCAUGUCGCGAGGCUGAAUGGUCCGCUGGACGACUAUCACCCGCAGAUGGUGCUACAAUGUCUUCUGUGGGAGAAGAUCCAGCUGGUGAAAGGCAUCAUCGUCAAUCUCGCGCGUAACGUCGAGUCUAGACGCGAUGUCCAUGAGUGGGAGAACCUCCCCGCAGAUAAGUUCUUGCAGAGGGACGAUGAGGCGAGGGCGACGAAUGCCUCGCACAGGCCAAAGUAUUCGCUUCUGUUCGACAUCCCCGAGCGGAAUGAUGACGACGAGGAUGACCCCUUCAACCCGACAACGGUGAAAAAGCUGAUAGACCGCCUUGAGGAGCAGCCACUCCCACAUCUGACUCCGAGCGAGAACGCAUCCCUCCUCGUGCUCGUCCAGACUGCGCUCGAGAUCGAAGAGCAACGUCGCGCACUUGACUCCAAUGGUCUGCGGUACCUCAUCUCCAUGCGGAGCUUCUACAUUCUCAACCGGCGAGCGUCCGAGCCGACCACGCCAGCUUCCCCAUCGACCGGGUCCCCUGCACCACCACAACUGCAGCGACGGGAGCGCCUGCGCUACCGCGACAUGAUCUGGGCGUUCCACAGCGACAGCCAGGAGGUGCUCCUCGCGACGUCGAUGGCGGCGUGCGGCGGGAAGAUGUGCUGGCCCGACGCUCGGGCGCUCGGGGUGUUCACCUGGAUGCGGUCCGCGGAUGCUAUGCGCGCACACAUGGAAGUCGUUGCGCGGAACGCGUACAUGGCGGGCGACCUGCGUGACCCCACGGCCUGCAGCUUGUUCUACUUCGCGCUCGGGAAGGUGAAGCUCGUGCACGGGCUGUGGCGGCAGGCGGCGUGGCACAAGGAGUACCAGGUGAUGCUCAAGUUCUUGAACAACGACUUCAAGGAGCCCCGGUGGCGCACGGCCGCGCUCAAGAACGCGUUUGCGCUAUUGAGUAAACGACGGUUUGAGUACGCCGCUGCGUUCUUUUUGCUCGGUGGAAGUCUCAAAGACGCGGUCAACGUAUGUAUCAAGAACAUGUCCGAUUGGCAGCUGGCCGUCGCGCUCGCGCGCGUAGUCGAAGGCGGAGAUGAUGGUCCUGUUCUUGGUGAUAUAUUAAACAACACCGUCAUCCCGCUCGCGUUCAAGAACGGCAAUCGUUACCUCGCAAGUUGGGCGUUCUGGCUGCUCCACCGACGCGACCUUGCUGUCCGGAUAUUAGUGACACCCCUACAGGAUAUGGCAUCCACCGUCGAUGCGCCGAUAGUUGAAAUCGGAGACCCGCAUUACGACGACCCCAGCCUCGCGCUGCUGUUCUCGCAGCUCAAAUCGAAGACGCUUCAGACAGCCCAGGGGACGAGUGAGAUUUCCGGGCGGACCGAGUUCAACUUCGUCCUCCAAAUUGCCCGGGUCUUCUGCCGAAUGGGAUGCCACGUCCUGGCGCUCGAUCUCGUCCGCUCGUGGUUCUUCCAGCGGCCGUCUACAGUCGUCCGGGAUGGCCGCGCGGCUCGAAGACCUCCAAGUCCGGUAUCGACGCGUUUCGCGCUCGAGCCCGCGCUCCGCCACAAGUCCUCGAUCCUCAUCGACAUCGACGUCACGACUGCGCCACCGACGCGGCGCGCAUCGCCCUCCCGCUCGCCCUCGCGCGGGGGCUCGCCGCCUCGUGUAGCGAAGGAGGAGCUCACGCUGAAGGACGAGGGCGAUCUCGUGGCGCGGAAGGCGGGUAUUGGUAGCCUGAUGAAGUCUGCGAAGCAGGAUGUGAAAGUGCCCGAGUUCGACAUGGGCGCGUUCUUCUAGUAGUACCCUAAUUUAUAAUAGCUAGACUGCACU